GGCGCGCUGCCGCCAGCAUGGCGGGGGAGGCGGGCGGCGCCGCGCUGGGCCGCGCGGCCGACAAGCUCUUCUCGCUCAGCGGGCUCUUCGCCGUCCGCAAGCCCAAGGGACCCACCUCGGCCGCCGUGCUCAACCUGCUCAAGGAGCGGCUGCUGGCAGAAGCUGGUGUGCAAACAAACGGGAACAAAAGAAAUCAGGUUUUGAAAAUUGGACAUGGAGGAACUUUGGACAGUGCAGCCACAGGAGUUCUGGUUGUUGGUAUUGGAAAAGGAACAAAAAUGCUGGGAACUAUGUUGGCAGGUUCCAAGAAGUACACUGCCAUUGGAAUGCUGGGCAAGGCUACUGAUACAUUAGAUGCUACAGGAAAAGUAACUGAAGAAAAACCUUAUGACCAAGUAACAAAAGGAGAUCUUGAAAAUGUUCUGCAAAAGUUCACAGGGGACAUCAUGCAAGUUCCCCCACUCUAUUCUGCUUUGAAGAAGGAUGGAGAAAGGCUUUCAACUCUGAUGAAGAGAGGGGAAGCAGUGGAAGCAAAGCCUGCUCGGCCAGUGAGAGUGUACAGCCUUUCUCUCCAGCAAUUCCAGCCACCACUGUUCACGCUGGGUAAAGAUGUUGAAUGUGGUGGUGGCUUUUAUGUCAGGAGCCUGGUCAAUGACAUUGGCAAAGAGCUCUCCACCUGUGCCACAGUGCAGGAGCUGACCCGCACCAAGCAGGGGCCGUUCACACUGGAGGAACACGCCCUGCAGGAAGACAAGUGGACAAUUGAUGAAAUUGCUCGGUCCUUGGAGCACUGCACAGCCCUGAUCCUGGGAGAACCAGCUCGGAAAAAAUUGAAGACAGAGCAUCCUGGUGAAACUGCUGUGAUCUGUGGGGAUAAGUUGGGUCAAGGAAAAAGACUGAAUGAUUGAGAUGUUUUAAGAUUGGAUUGGGAUUGUCUCGCCUCCUGUGUAAAUCUGCAAGUCUCUGCUGGGAAGGUGACAAACUGGAACACAAGAGAAAUGAUUCUUUUGUUUCCUGGAGUUAGAAUGUGCACUGAAAAUAUCCAGAGAUAACUGUUUCUUGAUUGUUUAUUUUCCUUCUUGCACACUGUAACUGAUGCCAAAUUUUUAUAGACUUUAAAAGAUCUUUCAGGGUGCAAGAUGGCUGCUGUUGUGAAUUCAUCAAUAAAAAAUUAAAUACAAUAAUGUCUGAUAAAUAUACUCCAAAAAAAAGUAUUUUUUAUUUUGCAGCUGGUAGUCAAAUCUGGAAGUACCAUGGUGAUAACUCCAUCAUAGCUUAAAGGACACAAGAAUGUGGUAUUCUUGAAAUCCAUUUCAGAAUAUAUCCAUUUUACUAUAGUUUUUCCUAUGCAGAUUGUUCUCCAGUCAAAUAUUCCUAGAAUGCAGUAUAUGAAGGUGCUAAUGUUUUAAGUUAAGUCUGAAAUACCAGCCUAAGGGAAUAGUUUUAAGUAUAAACAAUCCCUGAAGAUGACUGGUUUGUGCCUGCAUCUUACAGAAAGGUGUUACAUGAAUUGGUGGUUCCAAAGUUAUUUUCAGUCUGAGAAAUUAAAUAAAUAUCAUAAAGUUCUCAUACCCUUCCAGAUAUUUAAAGGAUUUAUUUUUGUUUUCUAUGCAAUAAGAAACUGAAUUCUAUGCAAAAUUAAUGAAAGUUUUGUUUAGAAGGACAGACUUCAUUUUAUUCAGUAAACAGUUUUCUUCCUUUGUAUAUUCUUAUAAAGAACUUAAAGGAAAUGUUGAGAAUAGCACAAGAAAAUUGAAAUGCUAGAGCACUGUAGCAGCAGCAUAUUUAAAGUACAAUAUGGAUGAAGUAAUUUAUACAAGAAAUUACGAUUUCAGGGAUGGGAGAAAAGCUUGUGUCCAGUGAGGUAACAGCAGGAGAUUUUUCUUUUCUUUUUGGGGUGGGUCUUCUGGUACUUAGAGUAGAAACGGAGAAGAAAGAUUAUUUCCUAAACAAAUCAAAUAAAACAGAAAAUUUUGUUUUCCAGUAUACUUAUAUUGAAUGAUCCAAGACUUUAAUUUGAAACACAGCUUCUCUUAUUGUCAGAAUCUGUAUUUUCCUAGUUAUCCCUGUGGUUUUCUAGAUUAAGUUCUCAUUUUAUUUAUCUUCCUGAUUUUUGAAAAAUAGCACACUAGAUACAAUUCUGUUAGUCUGCUUCUUUCAUCUUCAGGGAUUUGUUUCUUUAAAAAUCAGUGCAAUUGAGAAAUCUCUAUUAAUAGGCUACAUUUGGAUACAGUGUUGUAAGUGUCUAACACUUUCUUAACCUCAUCUGUUUGUUUAAUGCUCACCAAGCCUUCCUUGCUAUUCCAUUUAAGAGCCCCUGAUAUUUUUAGUUUUAAAAGGAGAAUUCUAUCUUCAUCAGCUUUCUGGUUAACUUGCAACUGGUCUGUUGUAAUUAUUGCUAACAGAUCUGUGAUCCUGAGAAGAUAGGAUCUGCUCCAUAGUCUAGACACUUGGAGAGGAAUGAAAUGGCAAUUUAAAAAAACAUCUUGUGGACAUCAACACGUUCUGGUUAAGGCUGCAAGUCCUGAUGUGUAUGGAAAACAUAGAGAGAGAUGGAAAGCAGUUGUUCACGUUCAGAAUCUACACAGAAUCAUACAGGUUGGAAAAUAACUUUAAGACCAUCAGGCCUGAGCAUUACCCCAGCAGUGCCAAGUCUACUACUUCACCAGCUUUAGCCUUUUUUCCUGGAAUUCCUCUCAUCUUCCCCAGUGCAUCAGAAAUUAAAGCAGAAUUUCUUUAUCUCGAAUUGAUGACGACCUUUUCCCCACGUAAGUUGUGUUGAACUACAGAAGGUAUUUUAUUUAGCCAGGUGUGUUUGGCUGGAGGUGUGAAUGUACAAACUGGGCAAACUCAUGGCAGGCAGCAGAUUUUGGAAAACACUGUGAAGGGUGCAAUAAGGCCAUGAAUUAUGCAAUAAACACUGGUGUCACCCCCGUUCCAUUCCUAAACACUUGAGCUAUGUCUUCAAACAUUCCAACUCCUCAGGCUAGUUCCCAGUGUUCUUCCUGUGUGCUGGGCCUCACUUGUAUGCUUUUUCCUAAGUUCUCCUGUGUUUUAAUGGUUCUCUGUGCCCUGAGCCUGUAGUUCGAGUGAACAGAAACUGGGAAGCCUCUGAAAAGUUCAGGAAUAGCCUUUUCAGAUACGUUUUAAUAAGUGUUUAACCCAGUAUUUUGAAAUUGUCCAGAUAUGGACAGUUGUGUUCCCAUGGGAACUUAGGGAAAUACUCAUUUUAACUUCCUUAUUCUUAGUAACAUACUCAUCCUAGAGCUACCAGACAUCAGAAUUGGGCUAUCUCCACAGCAAAACUUGUUAGAAUAAAAUGUCCCAUGAUCCUGGACCUUGGUUACUGACAGUCAUCAUAUCUCAACAUUAAAGAGGAAAGAUGUGUAUACAAUAUUUGAGACUACUAGAGGAGUUAGUGUACUGAGAUUCCAGCUGAAGCACAUGGUAGUUACUAGGAAUUUUAUGGUACUCUGGCCAGAAAAUGUGCAUGUCUGUGAUUUACCAUUUCAAAUAUACCCGUGACAGGGAUUGAAAUAUUUGUCUCAGUUUAAUGAGCGCUGUUCACGGGCACUGUCUUCAGUCCCUGGAAGUGUGGUACCAUAGCCUGGCCCUGCGUGCUCCAGUGCUGCUGCUGCUUCUGUGAGUUUGACAAGGGCUUCAGAAUUUCUCCCUUUAAUGUCUCUGCCUAGCUGGCUGUCUUUCUUCCUUAUUUAAAUGGUAGUUUUCACUUCAUAAUAUAUUUCUGCUGCCAGCAGAGUAAAACUUUGAAUAACUCCCCCAAUUUUGGGAUACCUUAUUUUUUUUUUUAUUUUAAUAGAUGGUGAAUUUGCCACUCUGUGUGAAUAGCUCUCUGACUCUAAUGAGUAGGGUCAUGCUGUUUGCUUGGCAGAGUCAAGGAGUGAGUUUGCAGUGGUGUUAAUUUAAUUGAAAAGGCCUUACAGAAGCAAAGUGAGAGUGUGUGAGGGUGUGACUGCAGUAUACAGCCAGAGGGAAAUCACAGAGACAGUGAAUGGAUUCAGCCAGCCUGGGCAAAAUUAUUGUCUCUAUUAAAAAGCAGUCAUUGUUUCUAAUAGCCAUGGGUUUAAUUCUCUUCUUUGUGAGACCUGAUUAAGUAAAUUACCAGUGGUUAAAGGCAUGUGAGGCAAGCAAGUUUAUCAUGUGAAUGCUUAGGUCUGCUCUGGGUGAGGAGAUGCCACAUCUCUGUCUGUACCAUCAGCUGCUAAGAUCAUACAGGUAUAAACAGACAAAGCAAGAAGAUGGUAAUUGGCAGUGGUGGUUGCAGUGCUCAAGAAGAAAAGGACUUUAUUGCAAGAAGAAAACCCAUAUUUUGCAGUUCUUGCUUUGGGGAAGUGUUGAAGACAAGGCCAUGGUUCAGAAGAAGUCUUAGCAUGACGCCUGAGAAACACCUUAUGUUUUUGUUAUGGGUGUGAAUGCCUGGGACUUUAAUCCUCAUCACUCCUCACCUCUAGCUCCGAGAAGUGGGUUAAAUCAAAGCUUCAGCCUCUCCCCAACUUCUCCCUGUCACAUUGCUCCAUGUAUUGUGGAUGCUGGAGCAAUUUUCUGCUCAAACUCUGGGCUCUAAAGGGGAUUGUCUGGCUUGCUCCAGAAGUUAACAGGAGUGGAAUGAGGAGGACAAAAAAUGAGGCAAUGGAAAUUGAAAUAUGAACACAAAAUAGCCUUCUUCUUACCAGACAUCUUCAUUUUAGACUACAGCUCUGUGUCUGUCCUUUCCUCUCUGCAUCCCAUUACCUUAUCUACCUACUGUCUGAGACAGUUAGUCCUAAAACUUUUCUUAUCCUGUUCUGAAAUCCUUUCUGGGUACAUGUGAGCCUUGGGGCAGUGUAGAACAAGGAAGCAGUGUGGUUUCUGGGGGACAGGAAGGCUGGUAACAAAGCAGAACUGAAAAGGAUGAGGUGUAUCUGGGCCCUUUCUUACCAUGACCCUUUUGUAACAUGGUUCUGAAUGCUUUAGUGCUGUUUCCCUGGGACAUGGGAUUAUUUUAGAUAUUUCAGAAUUAAGUACUUCAAAGUCAAAUCUGCAGCUGAGUGCAUGCAUUAGAAACAAAAUGCAUCAUUUCACAGAUGUCAUGCUAGUUUUAGUGGCUUCAGAACAUGAUUUUACAGCUUAAAAGGAGGGGGUAGAAAAGGAAUGGCAAAAGGUAAAUGCAUAUUUCAGUUCUUAUGUUUUUAAAGUAGAUGAACUCAGUUUUGGUAAUUAUGUAAGAAAAGACAUCAAGUGUUAUAAUGGAGAAAAGUAAAGAGAAGUAACACAAUUUUUACUGCCUUUUCUGUUUCUUUUAGCACAGAACAAUUAGCUUAAAUAUGCCAUUUCAAAGCUUAAGAAGCUUUUAUGUGGAAAUGCUUGAGAGAUUGUUACUGUGUGCUGAUGUGAGAAAAGGCAUUUAUUUUCAUUUCAGCAGUUGAAAAGAUAGUUUUCUGUGAUGCCCUUCAAAAGGCAGCGUUUUGUUUUGCUUAUAUGAAAUUGCAGUAAAUCUUUGGCAUAACUUACUCUUGUGAGUGGUGUGUUCACAGUAAAUCAUUUCCUGCAGCUGGCUGUCCUAGAGAUCACAAAACUGUUUCAAGUUCUGCAGGUACCUAGUAGGAAUUCCCAGUGGAAAUGGAACAUUGUGUACAAACACUAAAUGUAUUUAGAAAACAGGACUAAUUCUCAGUAAUCUUUGCUGUGCAGAUGCUCUUCUGGUGAAAUAACAUCCAGGGUGCGUUAAACCUCACUGCUGCUGUGCUGCCUUGCUUUGUGUACAGUUCUUACUUUAUACUCUUAAUUUCACAAAGGGCACUGGCAGACUCUUGAUUUCUUGUCCAGGUGAUUAAUUUCACCCAGCUGCUGCAUACACAGAGACAUUCCUGGCUUUAACCUCUUCAUUUACUACUUAGGAUUCCCAAGGACGGCGUGGUGCGGGCAGAAAGAAACGUGUGUUCACCUCAUCUGUCCCAGUCAUAGGCUGGUGUGUAACAUGUUGCUGGUGCAAAUAAACCAGAAUGUUGGGGGAAGAGCCUGGGUCCCUUUCUGUUGUCCUAAUAACCUCCAGCAAAACAUUGAGAGAGUAACAGGGGACAGCAAUGCUCCCAUAAUCCUCCCUCCAACAAUCGAUGGGAAACGGCAGCAAAGUCUCUGGGUACAGAGCUAACUUAAAACAUGUGAUUAAUUCUUUUGACCUCAGUGAGAAGACUCCUGUCCUGUUUUAUUAAAUUAUCUAAGUUAUUACUCAA